AUGGUCCCCAUAAAGAAGGAAGGUCGACCAGCUGACUCUCCCUGUGCGUACCGACCCAUAUGCCUGCUGAACGAGGCGGAUCUGUUGCGAAAAUAUCCGUUGGUGACUGUAAUGCAAGGCCAGCUGAGAGGAACUGUAAAGACCCUCCUCAAUGGAAAACCGUAUUAUAGUUUUAAGGGCAUCCCAUAUGCCCAACCUCCCAUCGGCGAGCUUAGAUUUAAGGCACCACAACCGCCAACCCCUUGGCUAGGCAUACGUGAAGCUAUAGAUCAUGGCCCGGUUUGCCCACAGCAUGAAAUGAUGACCGUGCAAUACGUUGAAGGCGAUGAAAAUUGUCUUUUUUUAAACGUAUAUUCAACAACUCUAAAUCUAGACUCCAAAAUACCAGUAAUGGUCUACAUACAUGGUGGAGCAUUCAUGUCCGGCUCUGGCGACGUAGAAUCUGGAUAUGGUCCAGAAUUUCUUCUUCAACACGAUGUGGUGCUAGUUACUCUGAACUACAGACUUGAAAUUUUAGGAUUUCUGUGCUUAGACACUCCUGACGUUCCUGGUAAUGCAGGAAUGAAAGAUCAAGUUGCUGCCUUAAGAUGGGUGCGUGACAACAUACAACAGUUUGGUGGUGAUUCUAACAACGUAACUUUAUUUGGAGAAAGUGCGGGUGGCGCUUCUGUUGUUUACCAUAUGCAGUCUUUGAUGUCCAGAGGACUAUUCCAUAAAGGUAUUUGUCAAAGUGGAGCUCCAUUAACAGAUUGGACACAAGGUAAAGAGGGGUUAAGUCGUGCAUUUAGGGUAGCGAAAUAUCUGGGUAAAGAUACCAACGAUAAAGAAGAACUAUAUGACUUUUUAAAAAAUAUCCCGGUUAAAAAGUUUUCAAAAAUUACUGUGAAAACAAUGACUGCAGACGAGAAGAUUAGAGGGCUACCAAUACAUUUUGCUCCUGUAGUCGAGAAAAGAUUUGACAAUGUAGAACCAUUUUUAACUGAAGAACUUAUCGAGACACUGUUGCAGAGCAACAUUAUGAAAAUACCCAUGAUACUGGGAUAUAACAAUCUUGAAGGUUUACUGAUACUACCGUACCAAUUGAAAAGAGUAGAAUUUUUAAAUAAAAAUCCACAUAGUUUCGUACCGAGAGAAAUUGUUAGCGUGAUUACUGAAGAGAAAACGAUCGAAUUCGGACAGAGGCUCAAGAAAUUCUAUUUUGGUGAAAAUGAAAUUAGUACACACACAAUUGCUUCACUUUUAGAUUUAUUGUCUGAUUUACAUUUUGUGUUCAACACUCACAGAUUUGCCCAUUUCUAUUCUUCAAUGCAUGAACAAUUAUACAUGUUCAGGUUGUGUCUUGAUACCGAUUUGAACAUGGUGAAAAUUCUGAGUGGAUUCUCGCACUUGAAAGGAGCAUGCCAUGCAGAUGAUCUGUUUUAUAUAUUCCAUAACGCUUUAAAUAAAGAUGCAUAUCAAGAACAAAAGAUGUUACAAGAUAUUGUUUUCAGAUUAACAAAAUUGUGGACAGAUUUUGCUAAAACUGGGAAUCCAACACCCACAGGCUCAGAAGUAAUAUGGCCUCAGUAUACUUCAUCUAAACAAAUGCUUUUGGAUUUCGGAGAGACGUUCACCCCGAGACCGUAUGCGGAGAAGGAUAGAGUUGAGUUUUGGAACAAAUUAUAUUGUGAAGCCGGACUACCCCAUAUUGUUAAGAGUAGUUUGUAAAUAGCAUGUUCGCUGCUUUUUUAUAUGAACCAGGGUAGAUACUCGUAGGUAGUUUUUCAUGGUAAUAGUGUUACGUGAUAUAUUUUCCGUUUAUUCAGAAAGUACGAUCACAUGUGAAGUGUAGCAUGUGAUCGUUAAUGAAAUGAAAAUACUGAUUAAUGAAAAAAUAUUUAUUUACCUAAGUAUAUACAAAUAGAAUACAAAAUAAUAGGCGUGUAUGUAUAAAUAUAACAAUGAAAUGUUGUGACUUAGAGUAUUUUUUAUUUUAAUAUUUAAUCUAUCACAAAUUAAUCAGAAUAUUAACAUGACACUUUCUUUUGUACGUAACAACAAAUUGGUAAUUAAAAAUAAUAAUUUAG